AUGCCCCCCACCGACAUCCCUCACCUGGCCCUCGGCCCGAUCUUCAGCCAGCACCUCGAGUCGUUCGAGCUGGCCGUCAAGGAUACCUUCGUCACUGAUAACGCGGACCACGAACACGUCAAGGCGCACCUCUUCCUAGAGACUCUGCCCGUCUUCGCAGCCAAGGAGGUCACGAGCCGCCUCCCAAGCCUCGGACUCCUGCCCCUCAAGUUUGCCGGCGUGCGUACUGCGCUCCUCGAUGUGGCUGCGGAAGCCGACGGUCCGGGUGGUGCCCCCCAGCGCCCCUACCAUGCCCUCAUCCAAACCUGGGAUGAGGAGGCGAGUGGUGGGGAUAGCACGCCCCUGGUCCCAGUCAUCUCACCGGUGACAAGCUGCGAGUCCUCCAACCUUGAGUUGGACACCACUGGGGCCGAGGACAAGCCCCAGAAGAAGCCAGCCGGCUCUGCUGCGAUGGACGACGACCUCCCUUUGGUGGAGACCCCUGGCAUCGUCGAGUCAUCCCCAAUCCACGACAACACAAUCAGCCUUGUCCACUGGGGCCUCUGGCGCCCUCUCGCCAACCCCACGAUGGUCACGCUGGGCAAGAACCACACCGAGCUCAUGUUUAUCGUCGACCCGAACAUUAGUGUACAUUUCAUUGGGGCCUCGAAGUACCUCAACACCAAGUUUACAAGUGACAUGACGGAGGACUAUGUGGAAUCGGCGCCCCUUGUCUUGAUCGACAUGGAUCCCGUGCUCACCUCUGCGUUCACCGACGAACCGCUCAACAUCCUCUCCGAGAGGCUCCUCAUAUCGUACGGCUGGGAUGUCAACUACGAGACAAAGCUGCUCCAGCACCCCUCGGGCGCCAAGUUCAAGAUGGGCCAUAACACCGGCAUAUGGUUCAUCUCCGCGACGGUGUGGUGGGACCUCGAGCCCAAUAUGACUAAGGAGGAGGAAGCGAAGUGGGCCGCGAAAUACCGGUACGCCUCGACCUCGACAACGCAGUCCCUCACCACCACGACGUCGACACACCCGUCGACCAACUCGUCUCGUCGGAGCUCACGCCAGUUCCCCUCCUCGGCCCUCGACCGCGUCAAGCUGCGCACGCCGCUCACCCAGCCCGGCAUGCUCUCCCACCUGCACCACUUCAGCGCGCUCGCGUCCCACUCGGCCCUGUCAGACGAGGACGUGUGCCGCACCUUCCUGGCCAGCCUGCCGCGCGACCUCGAACCAGCCGUCACGUUUCGAUUUGGACAAGGAAUCCCUGCGUGGUCGGCGCUCCAGUUUGUCUUCCUGUCCCUCGUUGAGAGCUUGGAUUGGUUCAAGCGCCUCACGAGUUCCUCGUCGGACCCAGAACUCCCCCGCGUGGUGGAGGAACCGCGGGUCGACCCCUUGAGUCGGCCGCUCGAUCCGAAAGACCUGCUCGCUCUCAACCCCGCUGGGAGCACGACCCACCCAUCCCCAAACGCCUACUUCGUCUCUCCUACCCCGAGCCCGCCAGACAAAGUGGGCAUAGCGACCCUCCUCCUCAGCUCGAUGGGCGACAGGCACCUCGUGCGCGACAGGUCGCUACUCUCCGACGUCCACCGGCUCGCCCUGCCGGUCGUCUUUGCCCCCCUGUUUGUGGAGCACGAAGUGGCGGCACUGCAUCGCGGCACGCUCCGCCUGCGCCUCGCCAACGCACCCAAGGACGCCGACCUGGUCAUCAAGAAUGUCUUCUGGGCGCCCGACGUGCCCUUCAACGUGCUGAGCUGUGCCCGCCUGCGCAAGCAGGGCUGGCGCGUCGACGCCGACGGCAGCAUGACGAAUGUCAUUCGUAAAGUCACGCUCCCGCUCACUACCUUUCCCAAUAGAUACAAGGCCGUCCAGGUGCGCGCCUGUCUCGCCGAGCCUGACGAGAUCACUCCCCCGCCCGCCUGGGACGCAACCUCGCGCAUCGCAAUCUCCUACCUCGAGGUCCAACCCCCUCCCACGUUCUGA